GAAAUAAUUCGAGAUCGGUCAGUGGAGCAUAGUUGACGGAUGUACACUCUGGCUUAUAUUGUUACCAGUCUCUUUAAUUAGCUGAGUUAAGAUGGAAUCGGCAAGGAGAAGUAAUGACGGAUGCUUUGUGAGUGCCACGACGGGCUUCAUUCUGACGUUUUUAGCCAUUUUGUUGGCGGUUGCAGCAGGAGUUUCGGUAUAUCUGAUACGGCAACCAAGUCACGUGACCUGUCAUUGUAACUGUUCAAACGAUCACCACCGAAAGGUGGUCAAAGCUGGAGAAAAUGUGCCCCACACCGCUGAAACCCAAGAGAAUGCCACGCUGACAUAUAAAGUCGAAUGUGCUACACAAAACUGCUCCACACGAAACAACUCACAAUCUGCGACUACAACAACGGGGCGGGAAAUGAACAACUCUUAUCGUCUGCCGAAAUCUUUGUCUCCGGUUUUUUAUAACUUGGAGAUUAAGCCGAACAUUUACGAGGAAGACCCAAAGAAUUUCACCUUCGAAGGACAAGUGAAGAUUAUGAUGAACUGUUCCAAGGAAACGACCAAUGUGACUUUGCAUAUUAAUCAGCUAAAACUACUCAAUGAUUCCAUCGACAUAAAGGGAGGUUCUGAUUGCCUGCACCCGCGGAUUGGCGUGAUGAAUUACGAGCGAGAUCUCGAGAGACAAUUCGUGAUUUUUCACCUGAGCGAAGCUCUGAAGCCCGGAUGUCAGUACAAUCUUACAUUGAACUUCACGGCUCCACUGACGGACAGCUUGUCUGGCCUCUUCUACAGUUCUUAUCAACAUUCAGGAUCAAACAGAUAUUUAGCCGCCACAUUAUUUUCUCCGGUAUAUGCGCGAACUGCUUUUCCGUGUUUCGAUGAACCGCAGCUGAAAGCCCGGUUUGCAGUCACCAUAGUAAGAAAGCCCAACUUUACCAGCCUCUCCAACAUGGACAUAAUAGGCACCACUGACAGACCAGAUGGAUAUGUGGCCGAUGAAUACAACGUGUCUCCGCUGAUGUCGACCUACCUGGUAGCAUUGGUGGUUUCCGAUUACCAUCAAAUGACUAAAUACACCAAAGAUGGCACCAAGGUUCGCCUGUGGGCUCCACGAGGAUCUUUACCCCACGGAGAACUAGCCCUGGACGUCGCUGUCAAACUUAUGGAGUUCUAUGCGGAUCACUUUGAGAUUCCCUACCCAUUGCCUAAACUUGAUUUCGUCUCGAUCCCGGACUACAUCGUGCUGGGUAUGGAGAACUGGGGACUAAUCACAUUCAAGGAGACCUACCUUCUGUAUGACCCACUGUACAACUCAGCCAGGAACAAGAAGCAAAUCGUUACUGUUAUAGCCCACGAGAUAGCACAUUUGUGGUUCGGCGACUUAGUAACGAUGUGCUGGUGGUCAGAACUGUGGCUCAAGGAAGGGUUCGCUUCAUACCUCGAAUAUAUUGGUGUACAUCACUUGUUCAAAGAAUGGAGGGUUUGGGAUUAUUUCGUGCUCUUCGACCUUCAUCUGGUGCUGUUACCCGACAGUUUGGGGAACACCUCACCCAUCGUCACACAAGCCGAGUCUCCAACGGAGAUUCAGAUGGCUUUCAGCGCAAUACCUUACUCAAAGGCCAGUAUGAACAUCUCACUUAUUCUCUAG